CGGAUGAUGCCUCCGAGCAAUCCUCCGAGGUAGAAGAACCUCCCGAGAUUGACGAAGAACAACCAGAGUCAGCGGAUGAUGCCUCCGAGCAAUCCCCCGAGGUAGAASAACCCCCCGAGAUUGACGUARAACAACCCCGCGAUGAAGAGGAGUCCAAAYCUAUCGAACAAAAUCGCUCGGAUAUCAAAUCACUCAUGAAGUCGAAAAAGGAAAGCGACACCUACUCCCUGGCCGAAGACGUGUACGCCUUCAUUUUUGUCGCUCCGGUAUCGAGCUAUCCGUUCAUUUUCUCUUCGUACGUGGUCCUCACCAAGAUCAUCUGCUAYGCAAUUCUUGUGGAGGACAUCAGUUGGGAAAGCAMCGUUAGAUACAGCRCAARUUCUACCGCGGUCAAGUUCUUCUUGGUUCCAGUCGCAGUGGCGAUGCAAGAAGAUUUGAUUCAGUGUUUCUCURGCUUUGCAAACAUCKUKUACGAUCCACAGAUCCUCGAAACCCACAAGUCCGCAACGRAAGUCAAAUACAURCUGUCGUCUUUGCUGAGGCUCAUAGACGGUAUCCUUUCGCUUGUCGUGAACUUUUAUGUAAUGCUGASCACUACCGAAGUUUUGAGCGUCUUUCUCAACUUUGCGGCCCUCCAAUUCCUCCAAUCGAUUGACGAUAUUUUCUACGAAUUGGUGACCCUCGGAUUUUUUGGCGACGAGAUGGAACACUGGGCGACCCAGUGCGAGGAAGUUGAGCUACGCCGACGCGUUGGCCCAAAUGACAAACWGAUAUUCAAGCGUUUGAAGAUGAGUCACUUAGAUUCGUUACUGUUUGGAUUCACGCUGCUCGUUUGUCUUAUCACUUAUGCGAUCACUAUGGCAGGUGUGAAAUCAWACUUCAAAYAUUAUUCACCACCAGAGGAAUCUUUUUAGAUUGUUCUUACGAUGCUGUGCGAAUCAACAAAAAAGAAUGCAGAUCUGUARCAUUAAUAGACCUUGUAAGUGAUG